AUGGACUCUGCUAAGGCCCCCGUCAACCUCGUCAAGGUCACCCGUGUCCUUGGCCGAACCGGCUCCCGUGGUGGUGUCACCCAAUGCCGCGUCGAGUUCAUGAACGACCAGACCCGUUCCAUCAUCCGCAACGUCAAGGGCCCAGUCCGCGAGAACGACAUUCUCUGCCUGCUCGAGUCCGAGCGUGAGGCCAGGCGUCUGCGAUAA